AUGUAUAGCAAUUUCAAGGAGCAGGCGAUCGAGUAUGUGAAGCAGGCGGUGCUGGUGGACAAUGCGGAAAACUACGUCAAGUACGAGAAGAACCCCAAGAUCAAGGAGGCCAUCACCCAGAAGUUCACCGAGUAUCUCCGCCGCGCUGAGGACGUCCGCGCCGUGCUCGACGGCGGCGGCACCGGACCCGCUUCCAACGGGGACGCGGCCGUGGUCACCAGGCCCAAGACGAAGCCAAAGAAUGGAGACGGCAACGGCGGCGAGGACCCCGAUCAGGCGAAGCCCAGGUCCGAGCUGGCUACUGCUAUCAUAACGGAGAAGCCCCAGCGUGAAGUAGAACGAUGUCGCCGGGCUGGAGAGCGCCAAGCAGGCCUUGCUGGACGCUGUGAUCUUGCCGGUCAAGUUCCCUCAAUUCUUCACCGGCAAACGAAGGCCAUGGAGGGCAUUUCUUUUGUCUGGUCCACCUGGAACUGGAAAGUCAUACCUGGCAAAGGCUGUUGCAACAGAGGCAGAAUCAACGUUUUUCAGAUGAAAUUGAUUCUUUUUGUGGCCAACGUGGAGAAGGCAAUGAAAUUGAAGCUUCUCGAAGAAUCAAGACAGAACUUCCUUGUGCAGAUGCAGGGUGUAGGAAACAAUGAUCAGAAAGUCCUCAUUCUUGCCGCCACAAAUGCACCCUAUGCUCUGGCCUAG